AUGAGGGAACAGUAUUUGCUGAUGAAUGGCACCAAUGAGGAGGCAAGUCUCAUUCCGGGACACUUGAAGCAAAAAUCUCGCACUAUUUGGUGCAUCCCUAUCGGGAAGGCAGGAGUGAAGGGUGUUAAAGACGUGGAUUUGAAGUUGAACACAAAUCAAAUUAUAACUGUGGAUGGAGAAUUUGAUCCAGUGGAAGUGAUUGUUUACCUUUACAAGAAAACUGGUAUGAUUUUAUGGCUCAUGGGUGAUGAUACUGGAAUAAAUCAAGCAGCCAUAGCCCGGAUGAAGCUGAAGCAAAAUACAGAUUUCCAAUUAGAAGAGGAAAUGCUUUGA